CAAUGUCAACUGUGUGUGUGUGUGUGUGUGUGUGUGUGUUCUAGUGUGGAUCACGGUUCAGAAGUUAAAGAGUUCAUGAUGACAUCAAGACUACACAGAUACGCCGUUGAUCUCACACUGGAUCUCACACUGGAUCCAAACACGGCACACACUCGUCUCGCUCUGUCUGAGGAGAACAGAAAGGUGACGCAUAUGAGAGAAAGUCAGUCGUAUCCUGAUCAUCCAGACAGAUUUGAGUAUGAUCCUCUGGUUCUGUGUAGAGAGAGUCUGACUGGACGCUGUUACUGGGAGGCUGAAUGGAGUGGAGAUAAAACUGAUAUAUCAGUGUCAUAUAAACGAAUCAAGAGGAAAGGAGGGAUGUGGUUUGGGAAUAAUCUGAUAUCCUGGAGUCUUGAACGCAAAGAUAGCGAACUCAUUGCCUGGUACAAUUGUAACCCCACUUAUAUUCCUGUUUCAGGCAGUAAGAGAGUAGGAGUGUUUCUGGACGAGUCGGCCGGCACUCUGUCCUUCUACAGCGUCUCUGACACACACACACUCACACACUUACACACAUUCACACACACAUUCACUGAACCACUCUAUGCUGGAUUUAGACUUUAUCAUAUUAACUCUUCAGUGUCUCUGUGUCAGAUUCAAAGAAAAUGUGGAACCAUUUAACAAUUUCUCAAGUUAAAUUUUUGAAACACACACACACACUGAAUUAACACUUGUCCAGUUGUUUGACUGAUUGUGUGUUACUGCAUGAUCACCAUUGUUGAUAUUCAUAGACUUUAUUUGUACACAAUGUGUUAUUAAAAUCCUUCAGAUGAUCUGAUUAAAACUGCUGGAUCUCAGAGGAUUAUUAUAAUCAAUAAUGUGAAAUGAAUAACACAUCAUCUAUAUAAUCAUGGAGAUAACUGUAAAUGAAUAUGAAUCUUAUGUCAGCUCCAGUAUUUCUCUGUUAAUUGACAUGUUUUAUUCCAGUUUAAUGAUGUUAUUGUAGUUUAUGGUCAAUAAGCGCUUGUUCCUGGUUCAGUGUGAACAUGUUUCUUCA